AUGCUUUCCUUUUCAAAAGCUCUUGUCUUUAUAUCUUUUCUAUUCUUUCAAGUCAUAUUCUUUCUUUCAUUUUUUUAUUCCAAUUUCUUUCAUAUUUUUUUCUUAGGGUACCAUCUCCUUUCUUGCUGUUGUUAUCUAUUUUUAUUUUUUGUUCAUAAUCUUUCUCUCUCCAGCCUUCUAUUUUUCUCUUUCUUUUUUGACAAGGAAACUUAUAGAUUAUCAUUUUUCCCUUUCUCUUUUCACCCAACAUCUUCCUUUCACACUCUUUAUUAUACUUCUGUCCCUAGGAUACUUAUUUUCAAGCAGCUUUUAAUUUGGAUAUAUAUUUAUCUCUCCUUUCUUCUAUAUUAUAAUUAUUUUUUACUCUCCUGUCAAUUGUUUGUUUCUUUUUUUCCCUCUCCUUCCUUUCUUCCUUCUUUUUAUCCUUCCUUUCUUCAUCCUUUCUUUUUUUUUUAUUCCUUCUUGCUUGCUUGUCAGUUCAAUAUUUUUCAAUUGAUUUUUUCUUCUUUUUACCUCUUUUAUUUAUAUCCACUCUCUUCUUGUCCACUAAAAGAAUUCUUUCUUUUUUUUCUUUUCUUUCUUUCUUUCUUUCUUUCUUACUGUUUUCUGCCUCUCUAUCUAUCUUCUUCUUCACAUGUCCUUUCCUCUUCCACUAAUGUCUCUCUCCAAUUUCUAAUUCUUUCUUUCUUUUUUCUUUCUUUUUUUUCUUUCUUUCUUUCUUUCUUUUUUACUGUUUUGUAUCUCUCUAUCUAUCUUCUUCACAUGUCCUUUCCUCUUCCACUAAUGUCUCUCUCCAAUUUCUGUUUGGGUCUCUCUGGUAUCUGCCAUGCUUUUUGUUCUUUAUCGUUUUAUUUGCUUUUCUCUCUCUCUCUCUCUCUCUCUGUCUUUUCAACUUUGACAUCUUUGCAAGAAUUCUCUCCCUCCCUCUCUGUGUAUCUUGCUAUUUCUUCUUUCUUUCAACUUGGAUAUCUUGGCAUUUUUGUUUCCACCCUUCUUCUUGUGUGUUGUCCAUAUGAUUGUCAAUUUCUCUUUUCCUCUUGUCGACUGUUUUUGUUUUGCUUGCUUCUUCCUAGUCUUAGGAUCCGUCUCUUGUUCUGA